CUCCCCUUUCCUCUCCCCUUUCCUCUCUUCUUUCCUCUCCUCUUUCCUCUCACCUUUCCUUUCCUCUCCCCUUUCCUCUCCUCUUUCCUCUCCUCUUUCCUCUCCUCUUUCCUCUCCUCUUUCCUCUCCUCUUUCCUCUCCUCUUUCCUCUCACCUUUCCUCUCCUCUUUCCUCUCAUCUUUCCUCUCAUCUUUCCUCUCAUCUUUCCUCUCCUCCCCUUUCCUCUCUUCCUCUCCUCUUUCCUCUCACCUUUCCUCUCCUCUUUCCUCUCUCCUUUCCUCUCCUCUUUCCUCUCACCUUUCCUCUCCUCUUUCCUCUCACCUUUCCUCUCCCCUUUCCUCUCCCCUUUCCUCUCCUCUUUCCUCUCACCUUUCCUCUCACCUUUCCUCUCACCUUUCCUCUCCUCUUUCCUCUCUCCUUUCCUCUCCUCUUUCCUCUCACCUUUCCUCUCCUCUUUCCUCUCACCUUUCCUCUCCCCUUUCCUCUCCCCUUUCCUCUCCCCUUUCCUCUCCUCUUUCCUCUCACCUUUCCUCUCCUCUUUCCUCUCUCCUUUCCUCUCCUCUUUCCGCUCCUCUUUCCUCUCACCUUUCCUCUCCUCUUUCCUCUCACCUUUCCUCUCCCCUUUCCUCUCCUCUUUCCUCUCACCUUUCCUCUCCUCUUUCCUCUCUCCUUUCCUCUCCUCUUUCCUCUCCUCUUUCCUCUCCUCUUUCCUCUCACCUUUCCUCUCCCCUUUCCUCUCCCCUUUCCUCUCCUCUUUCCUCUCCUCUUUCCUCUCCCCUUUCCUCUCCUCUUUCCGCUCCUCUUUCCUCUCUCCUUUCCUCUCCUCUUUCCUCUCCUCUUUCCUCUCACCUUUCCUCUCCUCUUUCCUCUCUCCUCCACACUGUAUAAACAUGAUUCCCUCCCCCUCCAUGUUUUGACAUGUCUCUUUCUGGUCUAGUAAAGUCUACAUGAAUUUGAUGACAUGUGAAGACAGUGGAAGGUUUCCACUUUCCACUUUCCAGAGUUUGGCCCUUCACGCUUACUCUGCACUACAUGUUCUUUUACGAAGUUUCUUGUUAUUUUUGAAGAAUAGCGUAACUCAACUCCCCUGUAGCUGUGUCAUGAUCAUGGCAACUGAAAGACUGAAGCAUUGUGUUUGUGUAGCCAAGGACUUAGUGCGACAGUGUGCGCUGGAAGUUUAUAUGAAAUUACUUGUUGGUUGGCCCUUUUCACUGUCAACCCGUUGCUGUUGCUUUUUUUCUCCUUA